AUGGGCCCCGUGCACAUGAACGAAGUGCAGUGCUCUGGUCUGGAGAAGUCGGUCACAGAAUGUCCCUUCAACAAAGAGGCGGCCGACUGCAGCCACGAGGAGGACGCAGGAGUACGGUGUAAUGUGCCACACAUGGGCUUCCAGGAGAGGCUGCGUCUGUCUGGUGGCCGCUCCCCGUUCGAGGGCCGUGUGGAGGUGCUGCAGGAGAAGAAUGGCUCCCUGGUCUGGGGCUCUGUGUGCAGCGAAGGCUGGAGCGUACGAGAGGCCAUGGUGGUGUGCAGGCAGCUGGGCCUGGGCUUCGCCAGCAAUGCCUUCCAGGAGACGUGGUACUGGUCCGGGCCGGUCAGUGCGGACGCCGUGGUGAUGAGUGGAGUGCGCUGCUCGGGCACGGAGAUGUCCCUGUCCCACUGCUUACACCACGGAGCACACCUGCAGUGUGCCAGAGGAGGGGGGCGCUAUGCAGCUGGGGUGUCCUGCUCUGAGACCGCCCCAGACCUGGUGCUGAACCCUCAGGUGGUAGAGCAGACCACCUACAUGGAGGACCGGCCCAUGUUCAUGCUGCAGUGUGCCUAUGAGGAGAACUGCCUGGCCUCCUCCUCCAGCUCCACCCCUGCCAACUCCUACCGUCGCCUGCUGCGUUUCUCCUCCCAGAUCCACAACAACGGACAGUCCGACUUCAAGCCAAAAGCUCACCGUGAGAGCUGGGUGUGGCACGACUGUCACCGGUGA